AUGGCCUUGCGGAUCGAUGGGGAGGUGCUGUACCACCUCAUCUUAGCUUUAGAAGGCUUUAUGCUGGCAGCUCUGCUCUGGAAGCUCCUUCGGUUUAUUCGCGGAGGACACUGGCAGAGAUUUGGAGGUGCCAUGCGUAAUAGUCUUGCGAGCUGCUGGCGCAACAUCGUGAGCAGAAAAGAAGACCCUCGCGUGCUCCAACGGCAUCGUGCCACCUUAUGCCGCUUCGUGAUUGCAGGUUCAAAGACCUUUCUGACGGUUCUGGUCUUUCGUUUGCUGGCGAUCCAAAGAGAGUUGCGUUUGGGAAGGCCACACGGCUACAACCCGGCCCUAGAUCCGUCCAAUAUUCUAUCCUGCUUAAUGUGCUUUUGCACUGUGCUCGCUCAAGACUAUUUCCCUCCGUGGAUGUUGGAUCCUUGGUUUCUGAUCAUGGAGUUCAGCUGCCUCUUUCCAAUCUUCUUGUGUGACCAUGACAAGGCUGAGCUGCAACAAGUGACCUACCUCACGCUGCUUCCGCGCUUCAUCAAUGGGCUUUGCGCCCAGAGGGACUGGCUGCCCUUUAUCUGCCAUACCGUGGGGUGUUGCGCAGCGGUCUUCCUCGCGAAGGAAGGAACCACCACCUACAGCUUCAUCUCGGGCCAGGCAGUGACUUGGCUGAUGCUGGUCUCAGGCGUCCAUGCCGUGCGAGCGCAGACCUACAAGAACGUGCGCAUCAGCCUGAACCUCGAGGUUCGUACCGUGGAGCUGGAGGCGGUCUCCGAGCUGCUCCUGGGCUUCUGCGACGCCGUGGUGGAGAUCGACAGCGAUCUGAAGCUCACCGAGGACUCCCGGCAGCUCUCCACCUUGCUCUUGCAGGGCUACGGGAUGACGGACCCCCUGUCCGGGCGCCAAGUCCUGGAUUUGUUCUGCCCGGAAGACCGGCAGCACGUGGAGGGGUCCCUGAUGCGGGGCCUGAACCGGGGCAGCACCCCCAUCAUGGCGCUGAACGCCCGGAUGUUGGACAGCCUGGGGAACGUGGUCCGGGUGGAGCUGCUGCACGCCAGCUUUCGGAGUGGCUCUGGGGAUGGGGAGCGCCGCUGCCUCGUGGGCAUGCGAGAGUUCCAGGACGCGGCAUCAGUGGGGCCGUUGCCGGACGAUCUUACCCCAGAGAACUCCUUGAACCUGAAGAUGUUCAGUGAGAAGGACAAUGGGCAGCAUGGGCAGCAUGGGCAGCAUGGGCAGCAUGGGCAGCAUGGGCACGGAUCCUACGACACCAGCGAUUUGUCCAUCAUGUUCGAUGCAGGCUCCUUUAACAUCCUAAGUGUGAGUGAGGCAUUCAACCGCUUCGCGUCAAGGUGCCUGCAGCAGGACACAUGCUUCGAAGGCUGCAGCCUCAUGGAUCUCUCUCUCUCCACGGAGCGCUCCUUCAGCUGCAUGAUGCAGGAUGCUGUGAACACAUUCGAUGAAGUCAACAGCCAGGAAGUGGUGUUUCUGAGAAAGUGUGAGCUUCUUGGAGUUGAGACGGACGUGGCUGUGAGCAUUCAGCCAGACCAUGUCUUGGACACCCUCAUCGGCACCGCGGUGAUUUUCAAUACGGCGGAGAAGGCAUCGGAGACACGAUGGGUGUCCGUUCGGAUUACGGAGGUCACCACCAGUGGCUUCAAGGCGAUGCUCGCGGAUUCCCAAACCUCCACCAUCGGCUUCAUGAGGGCCAGCUCUAUGAGCUGCCUCGACGCCAGCGGCAGUGCGCUGCAGAUGUCCACCUGCGACUACGUGGAGGAUUCCUCCCAGAGGUUUGAGCUGGUGGGCAACCUGCUGAAGCAUCUGAAGAGUGGCCUGUGCGUGGGCGUGGAGGGGGGCGACGGGGUGCUGGUGGACUGCCAGAGCGCGGAGACGUGGACGCUGGCGGAUGGGAAGAUGAAGGCGCAGAGCGGGAGCUGCCUUUGCGAUGACGGGGAGAUGCUUAGCUGCUCCUCAGCGACGACUUGGACCUUCGAGCCCCCCACUGCGGGCGAGGAGAUCACCACCAGCUUCAUCGCGGUAUUGCCCGGCACCCACAGCCUGGGGUCCCUCAAGCUGGAAGCAGGCUUGCUGAGCACUACGACGGUCUACGGCAACCACAAAUCUACCACAGGAGACAAGGUCAAUUUCGCCUCGGGCUUUGCCUCGAAGCCGGCGUUCCUCACCUCAGUCCAGACCACCAGCAACGAGAAGGAGCCGCCGCGAUGGAUGCCCUGGCUCACCGUCGCCGUGAGGAGCGUGGCCUCCGGUUCCGCCACCCUGGGCCUCGAAACGGGGAAGGCCUACUUCAUCUCCAAGGACCUGGUGCAAGAGCCUGAGACCAUCGGCUGGGUGGCGGUGGAGGUUGGCACCACGUCCGUAGCAGGCGCCAGCUGCGAGGCCUUGAUCGCCUCAAGGACCCAGGAUUGGAAAGACGACGGCAGCUGGUACAAGUUCAGCCCGGGGCCACGGAUUCGAUCCCAUCCGAUCCGCGAGCACGCGGAUACGCGGGCAAGCUCGGAUCGCCGGGGGGAGAAAAAAUAA